AUGACAAACCAGGACAAGCCGAGCAGCGCACCAGCUCUCCAUCAUGCUAAAGCCGAGAAAGUUUUAGUAUUAGGAGCUGGAAACUUUGGAACGUGUCUAGCAGAUCAUCUUUCUGAUUUGGGAAUUGAUGCAACGAUUUGGGCUCGAGAUCAAGAUGUCGUCGACGGAAUCAACAAUGAUCAUCGAAAUAUCAAGUACAUGAAAGAUGUCGAACUCCACCCAAACUUACGUGCAUCAAGCACCCUAACACCAGAACUGAUUGCAUCAUCCACUACUGUCCUAUUUUCUAUACCAACACAGCACAUGAGGAACAUACUAUCAACGCACUUUAACACAAUCCCAGAUACUGUCAAAAAGAGUCAAUUGCAUAUAUAUGUGAAUAAGGGUAUCGAAAUGUCAACGGGUCAGCUACCGUAUCAGAUUGUAGAUGAGGCUUUGGGACAAGAGAUUGGAGAUUUGGCUGUAUAUUUGUCUGGACCGUCUUUUGCUGCUGAGGUUGUUAAAAGGCAGCCUACUGCUGUGGCCGUUGCAUCAAGAACGCGCGAACGAGCUUUGAGAGCUCAGAGACUGUUUCAUGCACCACAUUUCAGAGUAUACGAUACACCUGAUAUUAUAGGAGUUGAAAUAUGCGGUGCCCUGAAAAAUGUCAUCGCAAUAGCUGCAGGAGCAUCAGCAGCCCAAGGUUUCCAGCAAAAUGCUCGUGCAGCAUUAAUCACCCGUGGUCUAGCCGAGAUAACACGUAUCGGAGUAGCUCUUGGAGCUUCCCCCAUCACAUUUCAAGGCCUAGCGGGUAUAGGAGACUUGCUGCUAACAUGCACGAGUGAAAAAUCAAGAAACUUUACACUGGGAUUCCGUCUUGGUAACGGAGAACGAGUACAGGAUGUGUUGAAGUCUCUAGGGAGUGUUGCUGAAGGGUAUGAAACUAGUAAAGCUGCAUAUGCACUUUGUCGGAAGCUUAACGCUGAUUCUCCAAUGAUUGACAGUGUGUAUGCUGUUUGUCAUCACGACGCCCCUGUUAAAGAAAUGAUGGCAAAGGUUAUGGGCCGACCACCUAAGAGUGAGUUGUAUGGGCUGCCGGAUAUGGAAGGACAUUCUGGAGUAGAACAUGAGUAG